AAGCCUGAGAACCUGCUCCUGGAUGAGAAGAACAACAUCCGCAUCGCUGACUUCGGCAUGGCCUCCCUACAGGUGGGGGACAGCCUGCUAGAGACCAGCUGUGGAUCUCCUCACUACGCGUGUCCAGAAGUUAUCAGGGGGGAGAAGUAUGACGGUCGCAGGGCAGAUGUGUGGAGCUGUGGCGUCAUCCUCUUUGCACUGCUGGUGGGAGCUCUACCCUUUGACCAUGACAACCUGCGUCAGCUCCUUGAGAAGGUGAAGAGCGGGGUUUUCCACAUGCCUCACUUCAUCCCCCCAGACUGCCAGGCCCUGCUCAAAGGAAUGAUCCAGGUCAACCCUGACAAGAGACUCACGCUAGAAGCAAUACAAAAACACUCCUGGUAUCUUGGUGGUCGUAACGAGCCAUGUCCGGAGCAGCCUCCUCCCAGGCGUGUGUGUGUGAAGGGGAUCGUGUCGCUGACCGAGCUGGACCCUGAUGUACUGGACAGCAUGCACUCGCUGGGCUGCUUCAGAGACCGGGGGAAACUGACCCAGGACCUGCAGUGUGAGGAAGACAACCAGGAGAAGAUGAUCUACUACCUCCUCUUGGACAGGAAAGAGCGUUACCCCAGCUGUGAGGACGAAGACCUGCCGCCCAGGAACGAUAUAGAUCCCCCUAGGAAGCGGGUGGACUCUCCCAUGCUGACCCGUCAUGGCCGGUGCCGGCCGGAGAGGAAGAGUCUGGAGGUGCUGAGUGUGACGGAGCAGGGCUCCCCAACACCCACGCGCAGGGCGCUGGACACCUCCGCACACAGCCAGAGGUCUCGUUCAGUCAGUGGAGCUUCAACAGGGCUCUCGUCAAGUCCUCUCAGCAGUCCCAGGAGCCCAGUUUUCACUUUCAGCCAAUCAGAAGUCACCUCCGCCUCCACCACCCACUCCAAAGACCCCAAACCAGGAAGUGCCACCACUCCCCGGCCGUCACAACGGAUGACUGUGGCCGACCCCAAAACCCAGACCCUGCCCUCCAAAGGGCUCUCCGAUCGCACUCACCUCCUAUCCAUGAAGUCACUACCUCUCCAAGCUCCCCUCUCGCCGUCCCCCUCACCCAUCCUCUCCCCCAUCCCUCGCUUCUUCUUUUUCCCCGCCCCCUCUGUCUUUAAGUCGGUCACUAAGAGCGUCUAUCCUAACUCUGCCCCUGUGCCACAGGUCACCCCUCAGGGGUCUCCACUCCCCACCCCCCUAGGCACCCCCGUCCACCACCCCCAGCCCACCCCUCCCUCCUCCUCCUCUUCCUCCUCCUCGCGGGCGGAGGGAGGGGGUGUGGGCGGGGGCGGAUCCCUCUCCCUAACUCCACCCUCCAGCCCCGGAGGCAGCGGGGGGAUGGCCGCCAGUAGCUCCGCCCACUGGAGGACACGCCUCAACUCCUUCAAGAACAACCUGCUGGGUUCGCCACGCUUCCACCGACGCAAACUGCAGGUUCCAACACCGGAGGACAUGUCCAGUCUAACUCCAGAAUCAAGCCCGGAGCUGGCCAAGAAGUCGUGGUUUGGGAACUUCAUCAGCCUGGAAAAGGAGGAACAGAUAUUUGUUGUCAUUAGAGACAAACCGCUUAGUUCCAUCAAAGCUGAUAUAGUCCAUGCCUUCUUGUCUAUCCCGUCCCUGAGUCACAGCGUCAUCUCCCAGACCAGCUUCAGAGCAGAGUAUAAGUCCUCUGGUGGCCCCUCCGUCUUCCAGAAGCCUGUUAAAUUCCAGGUGGACAUCGCCUUCUCUGAGGUAGAGAGGGAGAGAGAGAGGGAGCGAGCCGAGAGGGAAGGAAAGAGGGAAACUGGCAUCUACAGCGUGACGUUCACUCUCAUAUCAGGUCCAAGUCGCAGGUUCAAGAGAGUGGUGGAAACGAUUCAAGCCCAGCUACUUAGUACUCAUGAUCAGCCAUCUGUGCUGGCACUGGCUGAUGAGAAGAAUGGGCAGCUGACCUCGCGUCCGCCCGGCACCCCGACCCGGCAAAACUCCCGACGUUCGGAAGGAGGCGGGGACCGGGGCGAGAAGUGUGAGCGUGGUGACGCAGGGAUAGGGGGCAGCGGGAGCGUGCUUCAGAGGAAGGGCUCGGGCAAAGACAAGACCAGACUCCUUUCCUCCAACGGGACACAGUCUCAGCCCUGAGGGAACAUUGUGGAAACAGACAUCAACAGAACAGGAUAGGGCAGACCGUUAGAGAGGGAUGACAUUAGAGAACAACACAGACAAACCCCCUCAGACUACCACUACCGCCAUCACCACUACCACCGUCACAUCUCCCGAACCACCUGACCCAGCAAUCAUCGUCACAAACCACUGCUUCAACCUGAAACGGGCCCGACGAGAUAGUUGGCCACCAAGAUAGAAGAAAGAAAAGAGCGGACGAGAGGAAAAUGCAAUGUCACUCAUAGACUUGCUUCAGAAGAAAAGCCAAGAUCAGAAAAAUGUCUAAUUGUACAUUUGAAGUACAACACAUCAUGCAACUGUCAACAACAAUAUGGAGCCAGUAAAAUAAUCAGGCAGACUUAUAUGGGGAAAGGCAGGCUCUGAAUGGUUAAAGGAUAAAUAGAUUUUUUUGGAAGUUAUCCGGUCUACAACCAAUAAGAUGAAAACCUUUGUGGAAUUUCAGAAAUAAUAUCACGAAUUAUAACAGUGUUUCCCAGUUGACGCGGAUCCACUUUUAAGUUUUACCUAACGUCGUUUUUUGGGUCAGUGAGAGUGAAAUAUUACGGGUCAAGUCAAUUUAGUGGCUGUCAAGGAAACGGACGGGUCGGGUCCUUUCACUGGAUUCUCAGUAACGAUAAGUUACGAGAACAGAAACAUGGUCGAAUUUGAGGUAAGGAUGAGGAAGACCGCAUCAAAAUCAGAGUGAAGCGUCCAAAUGCAUCUUUGCAUCCAAGUAGCUCCAAAGACGUCAAUACAGCUAUUUGAACAAAAUAAAGACAAAUAUCUGUUUUCUCUAUAACUCAGCAGGACAAUUGUAUGAUUCCAGAAAAUACAAUUGAAACAAACUUAUGAAAACCAUCUUGCCUUGGAAUGAGGAUUAAGCAAACGGAUAUCUCUACGGAUAUCACCCGAGCUGAAGAAAAAGAACAGACAAGGCACGGAAGAAAGUCUCAACGCCCCCACUACAACUGACAUCUGGAACACGGAGAGAUUUCAAACAGAUAAUGGAACGAUAUAAUUGGAAUCGUUCGAGUAAUUCUAAUACUACUAAGAUCCGCUGAAUGAUGUGCUCAGAUGAAGAUGUUGUAGUUCAACAUUGUAGUUCAGUUGUGUUCAUUCCAAGAGGACUGAACCAAGCCCUCCACAUCCAUUAUUGUCUUCUACAGAAAACAACCAACUCCCUUACGUUCCCAAUAUGGCCGACAUGGGGCACUGAAUGAUGCGGCUUUUGAAAAGUCCCUAGACACCUAAACAGAUUUGUUCUGUUAAGAGAGCAGAAAGAGGGAGGAGGUGGAAAAGCUCAUUUCAAGAAACAAAAAGAGACACUUUGUCUUAAGGAUGACAGAGAAAAAGACAUUGAAACUGCUGCACACUCAUUCCCAGGAGAGGAAAGAAACAGACCACACACAAAAAUAAUGAAUUCCAUUUCGUUUUUUGUUUCCUUUUUCCUUUUGUUAAUGUGAUUUGAGCGCAAAUGAGUUGGAUGUUUGCCGCCAACAAAAUGGAGGAUAGCGCUAACCAAGUGAAUGUCAAAAACAAAAAACACUAUUGUAAAAGUAUUUUAUUUUAUUUAUGUCAUAGAUUUAUUUAAUAUUUAUUGAUGUAUUUAUUUGUUGAUUUAUAUAUUGUAAAGUGGAAAGAUAGUGGAAAGGGAAGAUGCUGACAAGAACAGAGGGAAAAGUUCUGUUGGAAUAUUGGAACAGCAUUGAAACUGACAAAAAUGGCUGCUGCAGUUGAAACCAGAUUGAACCCUCUUUUCCAGAGCAGGACAGAAAACAACCUCUUGUCCAUUCAUUCCUCAAUGUUUUAGAAACCAAUGCUGCAAAAAUCCUUCCAGAUCCUUCUGAUGUUGUGUCUUUAUUGUUGAUUUGUCUUUGUUUGGUAUAAUGAAGAUAAUUUCCAAUUUUAAACAACACAAAGCAAAAACAAAACACAUUUUAAGAAAUGAACCAAGGAUAGAUUUGAUGCUUUGGGAAUUUCUGGGAUGGCAAAAAAUAGGAAAAUCUUCCAUGAAGUAAAUAAAAAAUGAUCUCAUAGACACUUGAAAAAGCAGAGGAGAACAAGAAAGGGUGGGGAUAGUAAUCUCCAAUUCCUUCUCUGUCAUAUUCUGAUAGAAUGUUGUUACUUAAGUGUACAAAGAUAUGGACACGCCACAUAAAAACACUGACUGAGGGCCCAACCCCACGUGCAGAACACAAACAGUAUUCACACACACACGGACCCUUCAAAAACAGAAACCCUCCUGUUCUUUCAGAGAAAAAACAACAAUUAAAAACUGGACCUUAACAUUGGAACGCACUGUCCUAAAAGACACAAAACAAAUAGUGGUUUCCCCCUACCAUCCCUUCGCCCUUGGCCACUGCCCUGCCCCCCACUUCCUUCAUUACGACCCCCCUCAUACCCCUUGCACAGAGCACCAAAAGAAAACGCAGGUUCCGUUCUAGUCCCUCCCUAGUCCCUCGUCGUCAGUCGACACCUUGUUGUUUCAUGCCACCGCCAUUAAGCCCCUAUUAUCAGUCUCACUCUGCCUCACGUGAUGGCUGUGGCCACGACACAGUAACUAAGACUCACCGCAGUACCACGUCCCCAUCAGCCAUCAUCACACUUCAUAUCAGUCAGAGUCAACACACUGCUACCCAUAGCACACAACUCCUCGUACAGCAAACAGGGCGAUUCUGUAGCUAGGAGACGCAGAACAGUAGGUUAUUGUAACUCUUUACUUAGCGUACUCUCUGUCUAUUACGGCUGUACUGUAUACUUCACUGGGGUGAAACGGACAUAUACCAUGAAAUAGGAAAAGAGUGGGAGGCAGUUUUCCUCUAUUUCCUUACCUGGGGCUCGUCUUGCUCCCCUUCCACACAGCAAAGAACAUGAUUAUGGCUUGUUGACUUUUAGUAGCUCACCUCUCAUUGUAGCUCACACCCUUCACUCAAGGCCUUUUGGCAGGAAUCAUGUACCCAUUUUCCUAAUAUCGUGCCGACUCGAAGCGUACUGUGCUGUCUUGGAUAUUUUCCUUUCACAUUGUCCUUUCCAGCAUGGUGGAUGUGUAACCAUGCUAGCUGAGCUAGUCGCCAAUGAAAUGCUGCAUGACACUACUGGAAAGCAAUGUAGGGGAUGAUGACGGAAUGUUUGUUUUUUUACUGCAUUAAUAUAGGUGGCAUAUGAAUCUAGCACCGUCCUGCACAGAAUAGUAGUAGUAAGAGUUUGCAUAGCCAGGAAUGAGUUUGGGCGCCUUAAGAUGAUGCGUACGGAGGGAGGUACAUGCCUGUUAUAUUUGCUCGACCUGUCCGUUUGUGUGUCCUGUCCGAGCCCUCAUCCUACUCCCCGCCACAUACUAAUGCUAGGUCAGAGGUCAGGGGUCAUGUGAAUGGGAGCGAGAUGUGACACAAGACGACCCCACAGUCUUUCAUUCUCCAUUACCCUGUGCUAAAAACCAGGGAGGGAUAGUGGGAGACAGCGUUACCCCUACCUUUUGUAUAGGUGGGGUAGUCCUCUCCCUGGCUAUUAGUCCACGUCUAAAAGAGUUUGGCUUCUAUUGGUUUCAAUUGGCGUUGUCGAGGCCAGAGGGCUUGGACGUUGCUGUUACUGAGAGCUUUGACGCCCUGCCUUGUCUCGCCUGAAAACAAAAACUAGGGGAAAAACUGUCUGGAGACACAACUAGAACGAAACCCUUCUUAGACAUGAUGUGUAAAUAACCGUUCAAAGUAAAUGACGGGAUGAGGGGGAGACGUUUGACCCCCAUUGCGGGUGAAUCUUACAACGAAAGGCCCCCUCUCUCCAACCACCUCAACCCCCUCCUUGCCCCCUUCCUACACCCUCAUUAUCUCUUUGUAUCUCUUCUUGAACCCCCCCCCCAUCCUCUCAUCCAGAUGAAAAUACCUCAACCCCAGCCCAUCCUUAUAUAAUCACACCCCUCCCCAUGUCUCUGUCCAUUGUAUACAGUAUGAAACCAUGUCUUGAUUCUUUUUUCACACCGUACUCACAAUAUGAUUAUUGUUGUCAUCAUUAUUGAUCAUUCCAAGAUUGUAAAACUGUUAUUCCCCCCCACUUCAUACACAGUAGAACAAAACAAUUCGUAAAAAUUCUAAACAGAAAUUUUGGGGGAAACAACAUGAUGAGGAGGAUUAAAUAAGAAAUGUCUGUAUUAUAUAUUAAAAAAUUAAAGUGCACUAUUAUGAUUAUUGCCUGUGAUAAAUAAAGAACA